AAAACAACAACAAAGUUUUGUUGUUGUAAGUCAAACGGAAACUCGGGAACAAUACUUCUCUGUCCAAACUAUUAUUAAUAGAAAUACAUACAAACUCUAGUGAAUUUAAAUUAAUGCAGAAUGCGGUCCCGUUAAGAACAUGGACCAGCCAGAAAUUAUUGAAGACUUUUACGGUGUCUACCUACUUUAUUGCAUUAAUCCAAAAUUUAAGGGUCGCACUUACAUUGGUUAUACGCGAGACCCUAACAGAAGAAUCAAGCAACACAACAGGGGGACCUGGGCUGGCGGGGCCUACCGAACUAGCAACAAAGGGCCUUGGAAAAUGGUGAUGAUUGUCCAUGGGUUUCCUAAUAACAUCUCUGCACUACGGUUUGAAUGGGCCUGGCAGAAUCCUACAACAACAAUCAGGCUUCAGCAUUUAAAUUUAAAAAGGAUUCCUAGAAAGGAGACUGAAUUUAAAUUCAAACUGAGAGUUCUAACGGAAAUGCUCAGGGUUGGUCCAUGGUGCAGACUUCCUUUGACAAUAAGAUGGCUUGAAAAGGAUUUCUUUGAGGAAUUUGAGCCAGAAAGAAGACCACCAAAACACAUGACCAUCUGCAAUGGUCCUGUCAAAAGUAGGAAUCUCAAGAAACAAUCAGAGGAGCAAUUCUCAAUUCAAAUAGAAUGUUUCAUUUGCUCUCAGUAUAUCACAGAGUUAAACACAAAGAUUACCUGUCUGAAUCCCGAUUGUGAGUUGGUUUGCCAUAUCACAUGCUUGGCUGAGCUGUUUUUGACUCCUGGGGAAUAUGUUCCCAUAGAAGGACAAUGCCCAUUUUGUGAUGUAAAAUUAAAAUGGGGUGAUCUUAUAAGGAAAAUGAAUGGAUGCACUGAACAUGAUAAAAGAAAAGAACAGCUUGAUGAAGAUAGUGAAAAAGAUGAUGGGAGUGAUGCAGAGAGUGACAAAGGUGAUAAUGAUGAUGAUGACGAUGAUGCUGAUAUAGUGUGCACACAAGACAGAGGCUUUGUUGAUAAUCCCCCAUGGUUCCUAGAUUGUAAUGAAGAUCUAUUAUGACAUCGUGGUUAUAAAAUAAAUUAUUUGCAGUAUUUUAAAGU